ACCUUUACACAAAACACAUAAACAAUGAGAAAGAACGCUCUAUUUAACGUCCUUUCUUGGUGAAACUUGAACGCUGUGUAGCAAUAAUUAUAGAAUACUUAGUACAGCUGACAAUAUUUAGAAGCUCAUUUCUGCAAGCGGCUAUAACUGUGACAAGAAACGAGUAGACGGCGCACCUGGAAAGGGUGCGUGAGUCAAUCGUAACAGAAUGUAUUCGAAAAUAGGCCAGUACAUGUGUGUAGGGAGUUUCGCUGGUUACAGCCUAGCGAUGUUGCCGUUGCGAAGAAGACGAUAUAUUUAGACAGAGCGAUAGCUGACUGACACGGAUGAACUCUUAUAUUUAUUAAACUCUUGUCUGAGUGUGCAUUCAGUAUCAGUGUGAAUAAUGCUGGUAGUGCUUAAUAAGACUUGUUUGCUAACUGUACGGUUAAAAAGGCAUAAACAAGGGAAAACUGUCAAUAUAUCAAUAACAUCCCUUUGAGUGGGCAAACGGCUGACCAAUGGCACUCGUCCAAGGUAAACUAGUAAAGCGCAAGGCUAAAAGCAUGAUCGGUUAUCAGUAAGGGUGUUGACAGAAAAGUGACAUGACUUUGAGACCACUACGGAGACCGACGGCGAUUUUUCUCUUGUUUCCGACAAUUGACCUCAGCGAACCGCGAACCGCAGGUAGGCGACAAGAAUGCGCUCCCGGAGGACUACAAAGCGAAGGGAAACGUUCAGGUUAGGGGAUUAAGAGCAUCGACGACAUCAUAACAACCGGGGUAAGGACAUGAGUAGCCCGAAGGGGAACUGAGGGAACUAUGAGGGCAUAGCCAACAAAGACGCACCUUCAAAUAUACUGUAUUCGUCACGGAUGUGUCUUCAGCACCGGUCUACGGGGGAUAAGAUGAGAAUCCCUACCAUGCAGCUCACUAGGCGCAUGAAAGGCGCAAUGCUUGAAAAUUCAACAAAUAAAGCAUCAAGAAUUAUACCUGAUGGUUCAGUCAAAAACAGACUGUGAAAACAGGAGGUAAGAAUGAGGAUCAAUGGGGACACAGACGAUGAGGUUGAUGUUCACAUUGAGUCGCGGACGCCGAUUUUAGAACACACCAACUCGAUACAACAAUUUUCCUUUCUCACGGUGCGCCAUAAGGCGGCUUAUGCUGUGGGGCACGUCCUCAACGACCUCUGUGCCUCUAUGUGGUUCACGUACCUUUUACUUUACUUUAACUACGUUAGGGAAUUCGGUCCUACAUUUGCAGGUGAAUUACUUUUGGUGGGCCAAGUCGCUGACGGUCUUGCAACACCGUUUGUUGGACUUGAAUCGGAUCGCGAUGACGGGCUGUGGCUGUGUGUAAAGUACGGCCGUCGGAAAACCUGGCAUCUCGUUGGUACAGUGGCCGUGAUCUGUACGUUUCCGUUUUUGUUCGCAGAAUGUUUGUGGUGCGGAAGCGCCGACCCAUGGGCGCAAUUUCUAUAUUACGCGGUGCUCAUCAUUGUUUUCCAGUUCGGAUGGGCAUCUACCCAAGUGUCCCAUCUAAGCUUAAUUCCCGAUCUCACCCCGUUCACCCACGAACGCGUUUCUCUCAAUGCAGUCAGGUAUGCGUUCACAGUAACUGCAAACAUCAUCGUGUAUUCCAUCACUUUGGUAGUUCUUCAUAUUCAAAACGGUGCCGGUACCGAACAGCUCGGACCAGGUGAUGCAGGCUCAUUUCAGCUAAUUGUUCUCACCGUCGUGGGCGUUGGGACCAUUUUCUCAAUUGCCUUUCACGUAUUUGUUCCCGACCCCACGCGAACGGCAGCACCGCUUACUGGGUCUGCUGGCAGAGAUCGCAUAGGCAACGAUGCGGCUUCAGACAUUAGCGGGUUCACAGUCGAGCGUUCACUGCAUCUCAGCUGGAAGGAAUGGUUUAUGGAGAGCCAAUUUUAUAUCAUCGGCCUGCUGUACAUGGCAACCCGCUUGUAUGUAAAUAUGUCACAAGUUUUCAUUGGACUUUACCUUCAAGAAGCACGACAGUUGCCUAAGGAGAGUAUCGCGAUCAUACCGCUGGUGAUGUACGUUAGCGGGUUCCUCGCAUCAUUUCCGAUCAAUAGAACAGCUGCAAGAUUUAAACUGCGGACGAUCUACGGAGCGGGUGCUGCGCUGGCUGUCAUCGGUUCUAUGUGGAUAGCGACUCGAGACAAGACAGCGUCGUUUAAUAGUUUCGAGAUCUACAUCGUUUCAGUCGUCAUUGGGAUAGCGUCCACAAUUCUGUUAAUUACCAGUCUAGCGAUCACCAAUGAACUCAUCGGCUGUUCCACUGCAUCGGGGGCAUUUGUGUUUGGUGCAAUGAGUUUCCUCGAUAAACUCUCCAACGGCGUCGCCGUUAUCUUUAUCGAGAGCCUGCAUACAUGCAACAAUUGUUUUUUAAUAAAGAAGGAAGACUUCUAUCACUAUGUGAUGGUUUACGCGUGCGGAGGUUCCGCGGUCUUGGGCGUGAUAGCCUUACUGAUUUUAGCGAAUUCAAAGGAAUCUUCGAGAAGAAAAGAUUUAAUGAACCGUACGCUUGCUCGAACGUAUGUAAAUGACACAGACUGCGCCCAAGACGUUCUAACUGAAAGGACUAAUCUUUUAUAGGCUAAAUACCUUAACCUAGGAGAUGUAUUACAGCAGUGAUAACGCGCGAUAAAUUCGUCAGGAACAGAAGGCUCUGAGACAUACUCUUAGUGGAUCACAUUUUUACCGAGUUUAGAAUGAUUAGCGUCAGCCUGUAAGCCGCAUGAAAGGAUUCAAAAGACCCGCAGAGCGAGGGAGCUUGAGUUAGGCUCCUCUGCCGGUGGCGCCGCCUGGAACGACGGAAAAGCUCCCGUAGGCAGCACGUGUGUACAUAAUGGCCUUUACCUCAGAGAAGGCGUUGAAGGAAUGCAUAUUUAUGCACAGAAGCGGCUUCAACAAAGAUUCCAUCGCCGCUUAGGUUUAGCUCAUUAGUAAAGCUAACGCAGUAAUCUACCCUAGGCAGGCGUCGAUCAGAGGUCUGUUUAGGCUGAUUUAUGUUAAAACUCAUUUUAGGUAAAUUUACGUCUUAAAGUCAUCCCUAAUCUAAAAUGCACGAGAAUAAGAACACAGGCUGAGGAAGACGGAAUGGGCAACAACAAGCUCCGUGUAGCUAGUAGAGCAAAAACAAUGAUUCUUUGAGAAAAAGCAACUGCCUUGAUAGGCGAAACUGCUUGUAAAACGAUAUUUGAUGUAUGUAGUAAAGAAAAUGGUACUUUUUGGUAAAACAGCCGCGAAAUUUGAAAAAUAGAACUGCAGAAAUGAAGUAUAAGCAUAUAUCAGAACAACGCCAUUAAACCGUAUGCACGUGUGUAGGUAUGAUCUGCUCAAAAAAUAAACACUUUAUACUUAAAUUCGUAGAUAAUUACAAAUGGGAAAGACAUCGUCGUUAUUAGCUAUUUUCAAAACAUUAUUUUACAUUCCUAUGAGUCUUAUCAAAGAAGUUGUAACGAUUUGGCUUUUUUUAAGCAUUAAUAUUCAUUAUAAUGGCCCUAAAAUCUGCUAUGUUUCUAAAGAGAAUACACCUAGACUGAUUUAUAUUGUAUAUUUCUUAUUUUUGUUUUGAUUGAAUCGUUUGUAUGUACACAUAUGACAAAGCAGGACUACUUGGUCGCUGCCCACGUUUAAACAUACGCGCUUGCGAUGACGAGGUUUUAGGUCGAGCAGCGUUUAGGCGAUGUGGUUUUUGCAGCAGCAUUUGUUCUAAUGUAUUGCAUGUGCUAUAUUUUUUUUCUGUUUUCUACUAUUAUUAUUAUUGAGAAGCAGAGAACGAAACCGUGGAGUCGUACGCCUUAGGUACCAACAUCUAAGUCAUAUUUAAUUCGCACGGCCGAUUUUGUUACUCAUCUAUUGUUGGCAUUGAGAUUACAUUUGUAUGUAUAUGACGAUAUUUCCUGAUUUUUCUCAGGGUUAUUAGGCCGAUAGCAACAGUUUGGAGAGCUCAAGCACCGUGAAGUUGCAUACGGCUAACUCAAUAAGGUGUUAUCUCUUGUUAUAACCGUGUAAAAUAUAUGAAGCUAUUUUUUAACUGAAAAUUUUCCAAUAUUGUGAUACUAUGUUUAGCACAGCUGAUAAAAAUGAAAGAGUAAAAUUAUUUACAAAAGUAAAUAAUAAGGUAUGUUGGCGCAGAGAAACACGUCUAUGGGCUUUGCCUUAUUUCUAUUAUGAGGGUUCUUUGUGAAAACGUAUAUACUCAGUUAUCAUAUCACGGACAAGUGAACCGCUUGGCUUAAACUGGGACUAUACAGGAUCACUGUAAAAAGGUCGCACAUUUUUCGAAAGCUUGUUUUAUAGAAGUAAAACAUUGUGUCCGCUGUUUAAGAUAAUGCUUCCAGGCAGCAUUUGAACCAGUCGUAGGACUUUGGGUGAAGUGAUAAGAUUACAAAAGAAAAAAUGGCCAGGUGCGUUGCACGCGAUCAAUGUUAUUCAUUUUGUCUUCUGAAGGUCGUUGUUCAGUCCGCCUUUAAAAAUGCCUUCGACCGAAUGUGCUUGAAUCAUUACGAACACUUAGUAUCAAGGAUUUUUUUAUUAAUAAAGCACAAGGAGAGGAUUGCUGAGAUUCUCCCAAUACCCUGCUACUUUCUGUGAAAGGCUGUACCAAUCAUGCGUAUAGUGCCGGUAGGAAAAAGCUUUUUCGCCGCCUUUUCGGUUCU